GGGAAAGACAUAAGCCCUAGUCAGAGGUGGGGGAUGGCAGGGCUUGUGCCCACACUGGGGCUGCUGGCUGUCCUAGUUGUGUGUGCCCUCCCAGGCAGCUGGGGCCUGAAUGAGGAGCAACGGCUGAUUCAGCACCUAUUCAAGGAAAAGAACUACAAGAAGGAACUCCGGCCGGUGGCUCGCAAGGAGGACAAAGUGGAUGUUGCUCUAAGUCUCACCCUGUCCAAUCUCAUCUCCCUGAAAGAAGUGGAGGAGACCCUCACCACCAACGUGUGGAUAGAUCACGCCUGGGUAGACAGCCGGCUACAAUGGGAUGCUCACGACUUUGGGAACAUCACUGUCCUGCGCUUGCCCUCCGACAUGGUGUGGCUACCGGAGAUUGUGCUGGAGAACAACAAUGAUGGCUCCUUCAAGGUUUCUUUCGCCUGCAAUGUGCUUGUUUAUAAUUCGGGCUCUGUGACCUGGCUGCCACCCACCAUCUACCGUUCCUCCUGCCCUAUCUCGGUCACCUACUUCCCUUUCGAUUGGCAGAACUGCUCCCUCAAAUUCAGUUCACUCAAGUAUACAGCCAAGGAGAUCAGCCUUAGCCUGAUGCAGGUGGAGGAAGAUGGCCGUGCCUACCCCAUCGAGUGGAUUAUCAUUGACCCUGAGGGUUUCACAGAGAACGGAGAAUGGGAGAUAGUCCACCGGGCCGCCAAGGUCAAUGUGGAUCCCAGCGUCCCGAUGGACAGCACCAACCACCAAGACAUCACCUUCUACCUCAUCAUCCGCCGCAAGCCUCUCUUCUACAUCAUCAACAUCCUGGUACCCUGUGUGCUCAUCUCCUUCAUGAUCAACCUGGUCUUCUACCUGCCAGGCGACAGUGGAGAGAAGACAUCAGUGGCCAUCUCAGUGCUCCUGGCCCAAUCUGUCUUCCUGUUGCUUAUCUCCAAGAGGCUGCCUGCCACAUCCAUGGCCAUCCCCCUGGUAGGCAAGUUCCUGCUCUUUGGCAUGGUGCUGGUCACGAUGGUUGUGAUAAUCUGUGUUAUCGUGCUCAACAUACACUUCCGAACACCCAGCACCCAUGUGCUGUCUGAGGGAGUCAAGAAGUUCUUCCUGAAGACCCUGCCCAAGAUCCUGCACAUGUCCCACGCAGCAGAGGAAAACCCUGGCCCCGGGACUCUCAUCCGGAGAAGCAGCUCCCUGGGAUACAUCUCCAAAGCGGAGGAGUACUUCUCCCUUAAGUCCCGCAGCGACCUCAUGUUUGAAAAGCAGUCAGAGCGGCACGGGCUGGCCCGGCGCCUCACCACAGCCCGCAGGCUCCCAGCAAGCUCUGAGCAGGCCCAACAGGAGCUUUUCAGUGAGCUGAAGCCAGCUAUGGAUGGGGCAAACUUCAUCGUCAACCACAUGAGGGACCAAAACAGUUACAAUGAGGAGAAGGACAACUGGAACCAGGUGGCCCGCACGGUGGACCGUCUCUGCCUGUUUGUGGUGACACCCGUGAUGGUCGUGGGCACAGCCUGGAUCUUCCUACAGGGUGUCUACAACCAGCCCCCACCCCAGCCUUUCCCCGGGGACCCCUUCUCCUACAAUGAGAAGGACAGGCGCUUCAUCUAGAGCAGGCAU